AUGGAUAGUCCCUCCAGUGGAUUCGGUUCCAAUGCAACGACAGCUGUAGUGCUGGCCGAAGAUGGCGCGAAGGAAAAGCAAAAGACCAACAAUAAGGCUGGGCAAAGCGCUGCACUAUUCCCAAAGAAGUUAAAGGGUCACGGCGGCUGCAAGUACGAGCGGCUCGACGAUGCAGAGGGUGGGGAAAUUGUAUACGUGCCGUUCGGGAUCACUUAUGCAAGGAGCGAACUUGGAUGGAGGGCAAAGCACGACGCGAAGAGAAAUAAGCUUUUCUUCAUUCGUCUUAGUAAUGCUGCCGAAAAAACAUGGCGGCUGCCGGCGAUACCAGCGGGGGUGCUGCAGCAGUAUGGAGUCCUUCAUGGCGGCGGCGAGAAGGAAGAGAGACAGAUUCUGGCGAGUCACACUACCACAGCAGGGGAGGCGGCCGGCAGCGACAGUGACGAGGCCUGGACGGAUGCUUAUGACGAUGAUGAUGAUGACGAAGGUGACGCUGCUGCUGCCACUCCUUUUAGUGGUAAUGGUAGCUAUGGUGACAGAGGCGCAUUUCAGCAAGAGCAUGAACAGGGCCUUUACCAAGACGGUCACACCACUCUCUUCUGCGUAAAGGAUGGCUCCGAAGUUGGGGUGAACAGCACCAAUGACGUUGCGCUCGGGUAUCGCACACACAUGGAGAACGAGGAGCCGUUGGUGCCGGGCGACAAGGCGCCGACCUUCAAAGAGCCGCAGUCGUUGCUGAACCACAUGAGCAGCGAGGAUGCGCCUGUGACACCACCCUCGAGGCGACCUGUCGCGUCCUGCGCGGUACCAGCGGGCGAGGUUUCACUUGCCGAAGCUGGUGUUGCACGCCUCAUUGAGGAGCAACGCGUGGCGCGACACUAUUUCGAAGAGGAGGAGAAGGACGAGCGCGGUGCACUUCUCGAUACGGUGCAGGGGAUGCUGGACAACGUGCUCUUCCCAGAUCGCAGUGUGGAACGGGAGGAAAGUGGCAACCUUGCAGGGGCAGGGAAACACUCUGCAGUACCCGUGCUGGAUGACCUUGCGGAGGAUAAUGAGCUGUUCUUACGCAACACACGACUGAGCCACAUUGAAGACGAUGAGGCAGUGACACCAUUGGAGAAGCUGCUGCGUGACAGUUCACCGGAAGCACCUCAUCAGCGCAUGGACAACAAUUCUGCAGCAGAGACUUACGCAAACAUCUACCAACCGCUGUCUGCGAAGCCCGACGACACGGCUUUGCCACUUCAGUCGAUCAGUGAGAGGACAGCGAACACGUUGCAGACUCCCUUCAAGGAGACGAACGACGAAUCCUCGUCUCCCCGGCGGCUUCUCGAAGUUCAGCGGCACCAAGUGGAGAUGGUGCGGCGAUUGACCCAACGCGGCCGAGAUAAUUUGGAGCGUGCACUGGAGGCGCGCCAGCAGCCAAUCACUGUACCAUCCGACGCAUUUGCGCAGCUGCGCUACGAACCCUCCAGUUCUUUCACACGUGACAGGCAGGCUAUUAUGGGUGCACUAAGUACCUAUAAUUAUGGCUCUUCGGGGGGUGAGGUGAAUGCCCCACGACAAGAAUAUCAACCUCAGCAAGUGCAGCUACCACCACCAUUACCGCCACCACAAAAGGGGCCACAAGGGAUGAGAGCGCAUAGCGCCGACGUGUCGCCGAUAUCUCCGCGGACAUUCAUUCAUUCUCCCAGCCCUCCAAAGCCUCGGGAACCCGCGCAGGAUCGGAGAGAAGCCAUCGUCGCUGAAGCAUACGAAGCAAAGUACGAAGAGGGCCUUGCAGUCAUGCAGAAGCUCAUGGAAUUGUAUCAGACAUUUAUGAUUACGAAACCUGAGCCCCUCUCUCAUAAGGAGUUGCCCUAUGCACCAAGCAACAAAAGAGGCGUGGUUGAUGUGGCGGAGUCGUCCGCGGCGAAGUAUGAAGAGCGCCUGGCGUGUAUCAAAGGCCUCUACACUUCUUCUGCCACCACCACCAAUGCAGCAGAUUGCCAUCACCAACACCAACAACUGCAGCCACCGCACAUGUCAUGCCAGUUCACCUCGCUAGACCCACCGAAUGAAGUCAGCUGCCCUUUGCCCAAUGCAUUUGACACACUCUUGAGGGAGCACAAGGCGCGCUUCCAUAACUCUGUGCCGCGGCCAGGCGAUGCACGACAGGGUCAAGGCAGCAGUGCUGUUGAGUGCACCUCUCCUGUCUCGCUGAAGGAGACUAUUAUCGCCAAACGACGUGGCGUUAAAACACCCAAUCCUACUACCUCUGUAGAAGAAGCAAAAUGCGGAAAGUGCGGCAACAAAAUCGUCUCUUUUCGGUCGCCGCACCGCCACAUUAUGACACCUCCAUCAGCUUUUCCGGUGGAAUGUGCUUCUCCGAGAGAACAUUCUUCAGUGCUGCGGCCAGUGCUUCGUUGGGACGAAAGGCGCAGCGGAAACAUCUUAAUUUCGCAAAAGGGAACGACAUGCAUAGCGGACGCGUCAAGGGCCCUGGAGCUCAUAUCGUCUGAAGCGCGGCGAGCGGGCAAUAUGCCAUCCAAUGUGUCGAUUCCAAUGUAUGCGAUCGGGACGAUCGGAAUUUCGGAGGGGGAGCUCAUUUUCGAGGUGCGGGUUGACGCUCACCCGCCGUCAACGAACACACGGAGCGGCGUGUUUGCUGUUGGUGUUGCCACCAAGUUUUAUAGGGGCGGACACAAACGUAGCCCGGCGUAUCUGUUCCGCUCUGAUGGCACCAUUGUGGCUAGCGCAGACGACCGAAAAGGUGUGCCGUACGGUUCCCCGUACCACUUUGGCUCACAUAUCACUGUUCAUCUGAACUUAGUUCAGCAUGAGCUGAGCUUCUUUCUUAAUGGACGAGCGCUGGGAGUGGCCUUUAAGUUCAGGGGCGUGGGCGACCCCGAGCCGCUGUUUCCGCUGGUGGUGCUCAGCGGAGAGGGCGAAACAGCGAGUUUUGUGCCACCAUCAGCCCCCCAACUUCCCCCGCACCUGCGCCCACCAUUGCAGCAAACAUCAGGCGUGUUGUAUGGUCUAUAA